AUGUGUAAAGUUGAGGAGUUCCCACCCAAAAGGUCGCUGAAUAUGGUUACGAUUGGUGUACUCAAUAUGCUUCAGAUGUGUCUCCAUUGGCUCUCUUGUCGAUGCAGUGCAUCAAUGCAAGCCUUUGCCGAAUGCGCUCCGACUUCGGAAAUUACUGGUGACCAGCAUUUGGCCGCCACUUCAUUCAUUUCUGACUCACUAUACAAUCCGAGCAAAAACUUGUCCACAAUGUUAUUCACCGAGACCUCAUAUAAAGGCGCGUGGGGUUCGCCAUCUCCUUCUCCAAGUCAAGUUUAUAAUGGGUUAGCACGCGAUUCAGGCAUACAUAUUGAGCGCCGUUACGCUGCCAGUGCCGGCAACUCAGGUGACAAAUUGAGUCCCUGUGCUCUACCCCAACACCCCAUUUAUCGUAGGCGGUGGGACUCAGUGCGCUCUACGCGCUAUCAUCACAAUGCCAUCAGCGGUAUGACAAAGCCAUCGGUAUUGGAGCCGCACAGUCACUCUCAUUUGCGAAACAUGCAGGAAUCAGAUGAUUAG